UCGUCUCGUGCAGUCCACUCCAGUCGGUCCCCGCUCCACUCCAGUGCUGCCACCAACGCUCCGCCGAUGCGGACGCCGCGAUCCCGCCGCCGCUCGCCGCCGCCGCUGCCGGAGGCGGCGGAUGGGUUCAACCCCGGCGACCCCGUUGAGGUGCUCCCCGACGAGCCCGGCCUGCGCGGGGUCCACUUCGCCGCCGUCGUCGUGCGGUCCAACCCCAAGCCCCGCAGCUACACCGUCGACUACGACGCCCUCGUCGACUCCGAGGGCUCCGACCGUCCGCUCCGGGAGACCGUGCCCGCGCGGAACGUCCGCCCGCGCCCGCCGCCGCUCCGGGCUCCCGCUUCGGGCGAGCCACCCGCGGAGCACGCCGCCGUGGACGCGCUCCUCGACGACGCGUGGUGGCUCGGGGUCGCCCUCGGCGGCGCGGACGGGACCGGGAAGGUCGCGGUGUGCUUCCCGGAGACGAGGGAGGUCGUGGAAUUCGACGCCGCCGGCAUCCGGCCCCACCUCGAGUGGGUCGACGGCGAGUGGCGGUCUCCCGAUAGCACGGAGAUACCCAAGACAAUGCCGUACACAAAAGGAACACAAAUCGAAGUUGCCAAGUUGGAAGAUAAUUCUGUUGUUGCUUGGUUACCUGCUGUUGUGGCGAAGACUAUCUGGAAGAACAACCUCUUAGUGGAGUACACUGUUUCAAAGAGUGAUGGUACUGCAUUGUCCGAGGAGAUUGUCAAUGUGAAGCACGUCAGGCCUUGCCCGCCACAUGCAUCAGCUAUAAGUUUCUGCAUCAAUGAUGAGGUUGAAGCAUUCCAAGGUGAUGGCUGGUGGCUAGGUGUGAUUACUGAUGUUCAUCCGGAAUUAAGAUAUACAUUUAAGUCGGCACAUUCAGAAAAGGAGGUUCAGAUGGAGCAGAAGUUACUGAGGCUUCGAUAUGACUGGGUUGAUGGUCAAUGGACACAAGAAUCACAGAACAUAUUGAAAGCAAAAUUUACACAAGGCAUCAAGGUUGAAAUCAGCAGUGAUGAAGAAGGUUUACGUGGAGCUUGGUUUGAGGCAACUGUUCUUAAAUCUGUUGGCAGCAAGUUUCUCGUGGAGUAUGAUACACUGAAGGCCGAUGAUGAGAACAAACCCUUGACAGAAGCUGUAGAAGUGCGGCACAUCAGACCCUCUCCUCCACGUAUCCCUGUCAUCAACGGAUUCAAGUUACUUGAUGAGGUUGAUGCCUUUUGGAAUGAUGGAUGGUGGGUUGGUGUGGUAUCCAAGGUUCUUGGUGAUCAGAGGUACAUGGUCUACUUCAGGCCUUGGAAGGAAGAGAUGGAAUUCGAGCAUGGACAGCUGAGGUUCCAUUGCGACUGGAUGGGUGGAAGGUGGAUGCGGGCUUCUCCGGCAUUGGAGAUGUGAGGCUGAAGAACCAUGCGCACAUUUGGUAUAAGAGCUUGGGGUAAUGCCCAAAGAAUGGCCUCACUAACUUAUCACGUUUUGUCCUUCUGCAUCGUAGUUGUCUCAUGUCAUGUGCAUAGCAAGGUCAACAAGUUGGUUGAUGAUCAUUGUGAGCUUGCAACUCCAUCAGCCACGCAGCUGAAUGCUUGCCGAUGGUAUAUCUUCAUUGUCUCCGGGUAAGCGCAUUCUGCAAAUGUCAAAAGUAAAGACCUGGCUUUUGGGAACUAGAAUGCGAAUUGUUAGGGUAAGGGAACCCUUUUUCAUGGUCCAGCGAGUAUCUUCUCUUGAGCUAUGCUUGCAGUACAUUGCUUCAGCAUCCAUGUGAUUUAAAUUUUUUAACUGAAAGUGACUCGAAUCGAACAUGAACCACGUUUGCUGUA